UUUUACGAACGUAAAAUAUUUUAAUGUAUAAAUCAAUGUCAAUAAAGGUCCUAAAUGUAAGUUAAAUAUAGUAAAUUAACAAAAUUUGUGUAAAUUCCAAUAAUAUACUCUAUGAAUCCAGACGAGUAUGAAUCGAUUAACACAGACAGCAUGGCCAUCCACCUCUCAGCGGGCGCGAUGGCCGGAUUCAUGGAAUUCUUGGUCAUGUUUCCGAUAGAUACAGUAAAAACCCGAAUGCAAUCCAUAUCGUUCAAAGGCAGCUCGAACAUAUUCAAAGUCCUGAUGAAAAUGGUGAAGACCGAGGGCAUAUUCAGCCCGAUACGCGGCAUGUCGGCGGUCGCGGUGGCCGCCGGCCCUGCCCACGCCCUCUACUUCAGCAGCUACGAGUUCUUCAAGGAGAACACGAGGCGCGUGGUGCGGCUGCACGACUCCUUCUACCACGGCAUCGCCGGCUCGACGGCGACGCUCUUCCACGACGCCGUCAUGAACCCCUCGGAGGUGGUGAAGCAGCGCAUGCAAAUGAAGAACUCGCCGUGCAGGACGGCCCUCGAAUGCGCCCGAAACAUAUACAGAAGCGAAGGUCUCACAGCUUUUUAUAGAUCGUACGGUACCACGUUAAUCAUGAAUGUGCCUUUUCAGUGCGUUCAUUUCAUGACCUACGAACUGUGCCAGCAGUAUUUGAACAAGGAGCGGACGUACAAUCCUAAAACGCACGUCGUCAGCGGCGGCGUGGCCGGCGGUUUGGCCGCCGCCGUCACCAAUCCACUGGACGUUUGCAAAACCUUGCUCAAUACACAAGAGGGCCAGCGAACGGUAGGGCUGUUCAAAGCCGCUAGUACCAUUUACAAGAGUAAGGGUUUGUUGGGUUUCUCGAGCGGUAUGUCCGCCCGGGUGGCCUAUACCGUACCCUCUACGGCCAUUUGCUGGUCGACCUACGAGUUUUUUAAAUUUAUCCUCAAAGAACAGGAUGCUAAGAAAGGCGCCAAUUACGUGCCGAUUGCUAAUACAAAGUGAUGUGUAUUAUACCUAAUGAUUCCCUUACAAUUUCCCUCUCAGAUAUACCUAUAACAAUUACUUAAUAUACGAAUAAUGUAUACUUAUGGUAUUCGACUGUACUAUAAAU